UAGUGUCUAGGCUGGGCAGGCUGCCUGGCGAGUUAAGAGUCCGCUCCGCGGCUGGGGACGGAUUCCGAAUUGUCCUGGCCGGCCUGGAAGGGAAGAAGGGCGUGAGAGUGUGAGAGGUCGGGGAGGGCAGCUUCCGUCCUGAGAGCCGCAGAGCGGCGUCGGGGCUGCAGACGGGGGAAUGGUUCUCCCUCAGGCAGAGCCCGAGUUUUGGAAAUUGUGGUACUAGGUUCGGUAUUGUGACCUGCACCCAGCUGUGUGGCCUUGAGCGAGUUACCAACUUAUGAGCCUCCAGUUCCUCACCUGAGCAACUGGGACUGUAAAUAAUCGCCCUUCCUUGUCUCAGUGUUGGGUGCCGAUAGCUCAUGUGACAGGAAUCAACGGCACAGGCUUAACGCUAGGGAAUGUAGCUCUUAUGAGGGAAAACGAGCAGCAGCGUUUUAAAGGAGAUGAACUAUGGGGAUGUCAAGCCGUUGGAGACCUUUACAGACUACAUCUUUUCUCCAGGAUGCAUAAAUCUCUUCUCUACUAAGAGCAGACGUUAGAAUUGAAUAUUAAUAAUUCAUUUUUAAAAAAUGGAUGAAGAACCUGAAAGAACUAAGCGAUGGGAAGGAGGCUAUGAAAGAACAUGGGAAAUUCUUAAAGAAGAUGAAUCUGGAUCACUUAAAGCUACAAUUGAAGACAUUCUCUUUAAGGCAAAGAGGAAAAGAGUAUUUGAACAUCAUGGACAAGUUCGACUUGGAAUGAUGCGCCACCUUUAUGUGGUAGUAGAUGGAUCAAGAACAAUGGAGGACCAAGACUUAAAGCCAAACAGACUGACAUGUACUUUAAAGUUGUUGGAAUACUUCGUAGAAGAAUAUUUUGACCAAAAUCCUAUUAGUCAGAUCGGAAUAAUUGUAACUAAGAGUAAGAGAGCUGAAAAACUGACUGAACUCUCAGGCAAUCCAAGAAAGCACAUAACAUCUUUGAAGAAAGCUGUAGAUAUGACCUGCCAUGGAGAGCCAUCUCUUUAUAAUUCCUUAAGCAUGGCUAUGCAAACUCUAAAACACAUGCCUGGACAUACAAGUCGAGAAGUCCUAAUCAUCUUCAGCAGCCUUACAACUUGUGAUCCAUCUAAUAUUUAUGAUCUAAUCAAGACUCUAAAGGCAGCUAAAAUUAGAGUGUCUGUUAUUGGAUUGUCUGCAGAGGUUCGGGUCUGCACCGUGCUUGCUCGUGAAACUGGUGGUACAUACCAUGUUAUUUUAGAUGAAAGUCAUUACAAAGAGUUGCUGACACAUCAUGUUAGUCCUCCUCCUGCUGUCUCAAGUUCUGAAUGCUCACUUAUUCGUAUGGGAUUUCCUCAACACACCAUUGCUUCUUUGUCUGAUCAAGAUGCAAAACCUUCUUUCAGCAUGGCGCAUUUGGAUAGCAAUACUGAGCCAGGACUUACAUUAGGAGGCUAUUUCUGCCCACAGUGUCGAGCGAAGUACUGUGAGCUUCCUGUUGAAUGUAAAAUAUGUGGUCUCACUUUGGUUUCUGCUCCCCAUUUGGCACGGUCUUACCAUCACUUAUUUCCUCUGGAUGCUUUUCAAGAAAUUCUCCUAGAAGAAUAUAAUGGAGAAAGAUUUUGCUAUGGAUGUCAGGGGGAAUUGAAAGACCAACAUGUGUAUAUUUGCUCUGUGUGCCAAAAUGUUUUCUGUGUGGACUGCGAUGUUUUUGUUCAUGAUUCUCUUCACUGUUGUCCUGGGUGUAUUCAUAAGAUUCCAGCCCCUUCAGAGAGAAGAAAAGUGAGAAAGCAAGCUGACAGGUCUGGAACAAGAGCUGCAGUCGCUCAUGUGGAAGUUUAGCACUUUAACCACCACACCACCUGCCGGCCCUCCAAACUUACUUUUUUAAUGAAACAAAACAUUGACAUGACAAAAUAAUUAUGGGCCAGCAGGGCUUCUGCUGGUCAGAAUGGCAGUGGGAAAAAACUGAAAGGAUUUUACAAGAUUUUCCAGUACUUGAUACCUUCCUCAUGUUGUGGUCUUGUCCAUGUUCAGCUGUCUGUGUGCUAAUAAUGGUUGGCAAAUUUGUAAGAUGAAGUAACUUCAUGAGUGGCAAGAAGGAAAGGGUGUGACCAGCUUUUGGGUAGUGGGUUAGUGGAAUACCAAGACAGAAUUUAGGAGAAAAGUUUGAGUCCAUGGGGCCUAUAGUAAGGAAGAAAAGGGCACAGGAGGUUGUCACACUUCUGAGAGUAGUCUUAGGUGUGCCCUAGUACUCCUUUUGGGUCUAGGUCUAUAAGGACAGAGGGUUCAUUAUUUGCACGGUAUAUAAUUCUGUUUUGGAGAGAGGUAUUACCAGAUGGGCUGGGAUUCUACUGGGGUCCUUAUGAGAUUAAAAUUUUUGAUUUCACGUGACUGAAUUGAGUCCCACCUCAGACUAGGACCCUGCAAACAGUAUAGAGUUUAUUCAUUCAUUAAUUCACUUAGCAAACCUUGAGAGGACAUAAACCCUAACCUCAUGGAUCUGUGAAACUCCCAGUCUAAAAAAGCAGGAAGCUGGAUGGUGGUGCAGCAGCCGUAGAACAGGCUGCUCUGCCAGUCCAAACCAUAUGGAAAGGUUCUGGGUUCCUACCUGGAGACUUCUCUGACUAGGUCAGGGCACACAUGCCCCUGAAAUGGA